CUACCUUUCUCUCCAUACCGUGCACCCCCAACACCCUCGCUUGUCCCCUGCCGAAACUGAAAAUGAUCAUUAAUUCGACACUUAAGGUCACGAUCAUAAUCCAACUAGUUCAAUUUAGGUGUAAAUGAGUGAAAUUGCAGCAGUCAUGGUAAUCGGCUGUUUCUUUUUUCAUCUAUUCUAUUUUUGCUUAAUCAUUCGCUUUUUGUGGAGUGUGGAGCACAAGCGGAAGCGAUUUUUCUCGGUUGACGACCUCAUGACUUGUUUGGUAAAUGAUCUAGUUUGCACAAAUGGUGCUAUCUGAUGAAUUCAAUGUUGCAGGCUUGUGGGAACGUCUUGUUGGGUAGAGGGUAUCAACAUCUGGAGUCGCUAAACACCAAUUACAUUCACUAACAUCCAUUUCAUUUGCAUUUGCCACAAACUAGCUUAUGAUGGUGUCUGUUCAUGGCAUUACGGUGCAAUUACCGUGCUCAUUGUGUCAAUGGUGUCUGCGUCACAGAUCCCUAGCUGUAGCUAUUCAUUGUCCCCCUGGCCCACUGAAGUUCAGUCUGUGUGAACCCGUCAUGUGGUCUUCGUUUGAGGGUGGGUUGCAUCACUGGUGGCUCGGUGCUCGGUUAGAAAUGUUCGCUUUUCAGUAGAGCUCAGACGGCGAAUUUUGCCGCCCUGUGUUCGCUGUAUAGGCGAGGACAAAGGAGAACAGUAGCGCUGUCUGGCUCGUAUAGCCGGUCGAGCUGCGUUUUGUGCUGGUCUGAGUGAUUUAUUAGCUUCAUUACGGUGCGCGCACUCGAGUCGCUAUCGGCUCUAACUGCCCCUAAUGGCGUCUGGUCGGCGAUGGCAGCUGGCUGCAUCCUGGAGCGGCGGGCAGUGUGUCACCUGUGGGCGUGGGGGCCGGACGAUGGGCGUGCCACCGAGACCCAGCAGCGCCGUCUCCAAGUGGUGUGCCCAGGAGGUGGACCUGGGCUGUCCGGACGCGCCGGCGCCCGUCCGCCGACCGGCCACCACCAUAGUGAUCCGCAGCGGCCGGCUGGGCGAGCGCAGCCCGGCGGGCGCGGCGCGCACGGCCGUCUCGGUGGAGCGCCGCUGUGGGUCGGGCCGGCCGGCCGGCGCCGGGCCGCGGCCGCCGCUCUGGCGCCGGCUGCUGUCGCGGCGCGGCCUCCACCUGCAGCUGCAGCUGGUCUGGCUGCUGGUGGCGCUGCUCUGCGUGGCCGUCCUCAUCGCCCAGAUCGUGGACCGCAUCCAGACGCUCGGAAACCCGCCGAUCGGCACCGAGAGCCGGCGCGUCUACAACACCAGCAUGUACUACCCGGCCGUCACCAUCUGCCACAUGGAGGGCUUCAAGCGCUCCGUGGUGAGCCGCUACAACCAGAGCUGGGACCGCAACUCGCGCGCGUUCCAGGCGCGCUGGUCGCGCUUCCCGUGGCAGUCGGCCACGCUGGAGCAGCUGUGGACAGAGGCCAGCUACUCGCCCCAGGAGACCAUCAUGACCUGCCAGCUGGGCGACGGCCGCAACGACGGCGUGUGCCCCGUCUGGGCCGGCCUGGCCGACGGGCUGCGCUCGUUCGAGCUGAGCUGGCAGCUGCAGCCGCUGUCGGGCGGCUGCACCACACUGCGGCCGCGCGCCGACCUCCACCCGCGGCCCGGCAUCGAGACCGGCAUCCAGCUGUACCUGCGCAGCGACCCGGACGAGUACGUCAGUCCCGGCAUGGGUGUCGGCUGGACGGUGACCGUGCACGACCCCAAGUACAACUGGUCGGACCUGGCGCUCGGCUGGUACGACUCUCUGAGCGUGCUCACCGGUGACCGGGUGCAGGCCAAGCUGGAGGGCAGCUUCCACUCGUCGGUGCAGCGCCAGGACGCCUCCUGCGCCGACGUCAAGGACUACAACGUCGCCUCGUGCCACUACAACUGCAUCGCCGACCGGCUGGAGGCCAAGUACGGCUGCCGGCCGCCGUGGAUCGCCGGCGCCCAGCCGCUCUGCAACGACUCGGCCAGCUUCGAGCCGCUGCUGAGCAGCGUGGUGCGCCGCGAGGACUCGCUCUACAGCGAGUGUCUGGCGCGCUGCAUCCGACCGUGCGACAACAACUUCUACAGCCUGUACGUGAUGUCGGUGAGCGGCGCGGCCGAGCUGCUGGCCAACAACAUCAGCCAGGUGCAGAUCUACUACCCGACCGGCCUGACGGCGCGCGCCGCCCAGUACCGCGCCUACAGCGGCAUCCAGUUCCUGGCCGACGUCGGCGGCCUGCUGGGACUGCUGCUCGGCGUCUCCGUCCUCUCCACCGCCCAGGUCAUCAAGGACGGCUGCCUGUGGGCGGCGCGCCGCUACUGGCGGCUCGAGGAGGAGGACGACCAGUGGGACGAGGAGGCGCACGAGCUGGUGGCCGCCGCCAGCUGCGGCAUCGCCGGACAGACCGCCAAACGCUAGGGAGCAGCGGGCGAGGCGGACGGCCCUUCUAAUGCCAGGAAGUGGCGGGCGAGAGGACAUCUGUCCCCCCAUGUUAGGGAAAGACGUGCAUCGUGAUGCUAGAAUUUAACUGAAUUGGCGCAGUGACGAAUCUACUACGUGUUUACUACAAUUAACGUGUUUGUCGAAGUUAACAACUAGGAUGCAUUCAAUAUCCGUUACCCACUUACAAUAAGGAACAUUUAUUUGUUCUUUUAGUAAAGCAGAUGAGUGGCAUUUGUUAAUUCAGUUAACUUAUCCGUAAAGUUUGCGCCUCACUGGAUUUCUUGUUUCAUACUUACUUCAUGCAAAUAGCUGAGUAGUUCACAAAGAUGCAUAAUUCUUAGGUAUUUAGGCGAUGCAUUCAAUAAACUGGCUACGACUACGAGUAUACUUUAGAAAAGAAAUGCUUCACAAUAUGGACGUCGGACGAACGCCGAUUCAUGACUGAAGUGUUCUCGAUUUCGUGUGUUCCAUCGGGUAAGGCGGCUUAAAUUAGGUAUAUAGCGGCAUGGAUGCCAUGCAUGGCCCUGGUUAUGGUUAACUUAAAAUAUGGCCCAUAGAUGUCGCUCGUUGAGAACGCCUGAAGUU